AUGGCCAAAACCCAUAUAGCCAUCUUCCCUGUGAGUAGGGCAAUGGGUCAUUUCCUCCCACUAGCGGCCUUUGCAGAGCGCCUCUGCAACUUUGGUGGCUUCUCCAUCACCUUCAUUAUUAGCAAGUGGAAGUGGGGAUCUCAGCAACCAAUUCUGGUACAACGAUUGGCCUCUUCCGGCCUGGACAUCCGCUUUAGAGAGAUCCCUGAAAGCACCGUAGAUGAAAAUGAGCAAGACCUAAUAGUCUUUCAGAAAGCAAAGCCACACAUCCAAGAGCUUCUACAGUCGUUACAUUCCUCUUCGCCCAUCUCUUCCUUCGUUACAGAUUUCUUCUGUACUGACCUGCUCGACUUUAGCGCCAGUCUUAACAUACCAUCUUAUUUAUUUUCUCCAAGCUCUGCUUCUUUUGUUUGCGUCAUGUUACAUCUUCCCAAGCUCGUCUCGGAGAUUGAAGUUUCCUUUAAAGACUUUCAAUCUGAUGUGGAGAUUCCGGGGCUUCCUCUGAUUUCCGCCAGGGAUCUGCCCAAUCCAGUCCAGGACAGGUCGGUUCCUGUGUUUAAUUGGUUUGUCCACCAAGCCUCCCGCUUCAAGGAAGCAUCAGGGAUUCUCAUUGAUACCUUUGCUGAGCUGGAGGAGGAAGCCAUUAAAGCCCUAAGCGCGGAAGGAAUUAAUGGGACUUGA